AGGGAGGGACGGGAACAGUAGGAGGAGCAGCGAGUUGGGCUGCGGCGGCAGGAGCGGCCCCGCGAGGCCACGUUAUGUUUUUCUUAUUUUCCACUGGGAUAGUUCUCGCAAAUCCUUUCCGAGGACUGAGCGCGCCGCAGCUCGGCAGCCCCGACCUGCCAGGUGACAGCCGGUCACCCUGGUAGGAGUCAGCUCCUCCCCAAAUCCCCCCUCGGGCCCACAGCCCAUUCCCCGCCCACAGCCCAUUCCCCGCCCAGCCUCCCAGUGCUUGCCCGAGGCCCGAGCGGCGGCCGCAGCCGAUCUGCAGCGCUGGAGGAGGCGGCGACCGGCCGCGGCGGGAGGUGGUGGCGUAGGGCCCUCGGCGUUGUUCUCAGAUCGGACAGACCCGUGGCGAAGAAAGAAGUCCGGUCCUGAGGCAUGUGCUAGAGAAAGAAGGAUGCCGAUUUAAUCCGUCCUCUUUUUUUUUCUCCUUGGAGCCCGGCUGCCGGGCGCUCGCCUCCGUGCCCGCCGCCGGAGCCUCGGACCUGCGUCCGUGGAAGUGCCGCCUGGGGCAGGGGCGCCGAGGCUUGGAGUUCGGUGUCUCACCGCACCGAGGCGGGCGCGGGAGCCCAGUGUGGGAGUUGGCACAGUUUCGGCAGCGCCUUCAGCGCCGGACUUGGGGGCGCGGCGCGCCUGCUGGACCGCCUCGGUGCCCUCCUUAGGCGAGAACUAUGGAAACCCCCAGCUGCAUUCAGGAUGAGCCCUUUCCGCACCCCCUGGAGCCCGAGCCCGGCGCCUCUUCGCAGUCAGCCCCGGGAAAGCCUGGCGAGAAGCGGUUCCGACUGUGGUACGUGGGGGGGUCGUGCCUGGACCGCAGGACCACGCUGCCCAUGUUGCCCUGGCUCAUGGCCGAGAUUCGCCGGCGCAGCCAGAAGCCGGAGGCGGGCGGCUGCGGGGCGCAGCCGGCCCGCGAGGUGCUCCUGGUGCUGAGCUCGCCCCUCCUGCGCUGCGUCCCCGUGCCGGGCGCAGGGGGCCCCGGUCCCACAGCCGCGCAGCCCAACCCGGCGGUGUUCAUCUUCGAGCACAAGGCGCAGCAUAUCUCGCGCUUCAUUCACAACAGCCACGACCUCACCUACUUCGCCUACCUGAUUAAGGCGCAGCCCGACGACCCCGAGUCGCAGAUGGCCUGCCACGUAUUCCGCGCCACAGACCCCAAUCAGGUUCCUGAUGUUAUCAGCAGCAUAAGGCAGUUGUCUAAAGCUGCCAUGAAAGAGGGUGCCAAGCCCAACAAAGACAAUGAGGAUGCCUUUUACAACUCUCAGAAGUUUGAAGUCUUGUACUGUGGAAAGGUGAUAGUCACCCACAAGAAGGCCCCGUCAAGCCUCAUUGACGACUGCAUUGAAAAGUUCAGCCUGCAUGAACAGCAGCGCCUCAAGAUCCAGGGUGAGCAGCGGAGCACGGAGCCCAGCGAUGACCUGGUGGUCUCUGAGGCUGAGGACCCCAGCCCACCCGGAGAUAGCCUGUUAGAGGAAAUAGAUGGCAUCCCCAGUACCCACUCUGGCUUACCAGCUGUGGCCAGCCAGCCUGUUCUGUCCAGCUCUCGAGUUAGCUUCCCUGAGCGGAUCUUGGAAGAUUCUGGCUUUGAUGAACAGCAGGAGUUUCGUUCUCGAUGCAGCAGUGUCACUGGGGUCAUGCAAAGGAAGGUUCACGAGAACAGCCAGAAAGCACAACCACGAAGGAGGCACGCAAGUGCUCCCAGUCACGUUCAGCCCUCAGAUUCAGAGAAGAACAGAACAAUGCUCUUUCAGGUUGGACGAUUUGAGAUUAACCUUAUCAGUCCAGAUACUAAAUCAGUUGUGCUUGAAAAGAAUUUUAAAGAUAUCUCCUCUUGUUCUCAGGGCAUAAAGCAUGUUGAUCACUUUGGAUUUAUCUGCCGGGAGUCUUCAGAGCCUGGGCUGAGCCAGUAUAUUUGUUAUGUGUUCCAGUGUGCAAGCGAAUCCCUGGUUGAUGAGGUAAUGCUGACUCUGAAACAGGCUUUCAGCACGGCUGCUGCCCUGCAGAGUGCCAAGACCCAGAUUAAGCUGUGUGAGGCUUGCCCUAUGCACUCUCUGCAUAAGCUCUGUGAAAGGAUCGAAGGUCUGUACCCCCCAAGAGCCAAGCUGGUAAUACAGAGGCAUCUCUCAUCUUUGACAGAUAAUGAGCAAGCUGACAUCUUUGAACGAGUUCAGAAAAUGAAGCCAGUCAGUGACCAGGAAGAAAACGAACUGGUGAUUUUACAUCUGAGGCAGCUGUGUGAGGCCAAGCAGAGGACACAUGCUCACACUGGGGAAGGCCCGUCGACUGUUUCAAAUAGUGCAAUUCCAGAAAAUGCGACAAGCGGUGGGAGGUUCAAACUUGACAUUCUGAAAAAUAAGGCUAAGAGAUCCUUAACCAGUUCCCUGGAAAAUAUCUUCUCAAGGGGAGCUAACAGAAUGAGAGGCCGGCUUGGAAGUAUGGACAGCUUUGAACGGUCCAAUAGUCUUGCUUCAGAGAAGGACUACUCCCCAGGAGACUCCCCACCAGGAACGCCGCCAGCCUCCCCACUGUCCUCUGCUUGGCACACUUUCCCUGAAGAGGAUUCUGACUCCCCACAGUUCCGCAGACGGGCACACACGUUCAGCCACCCACCUUCAAGCACAAAGAGAAAGCUGAACCUACAGGACGGGAGGGCACAUGGUGUCCGCUCCCCUCUUCUGAGGCAGAGUUCCAGCGAACAGUGCAGCAUUCUUCCAUCAGCCGGACGCAUACACAAGGAGAGUAAUUCGUCCUCCAGUCUUCCCAGUCUUCACACUUCCCUCUCUGUCCCCUCCUUCACUGCCCCCUCUUUCCUGAAAAGCUUUUACCAGAAUUCAGGUAGACUGUCCCCACAGUAUGAAAAUGAAAUCAGACAGGACACUGCUUCAGAAUCAAGUGAUGGGGAAGGGAGAAAAAGGACUUCAUCGACCUGCAGCAAUGAGUCCCUAAGCGCUGGAGGCACCCCUGUCACUCCUCGCCGAAUCUCCUGGCGGCAGCGCAUUUUCCUCAGGGUUGCUUCUCCCAUGAACAAGUCCCCCUCAGCGAUGCAGCAGCAAGAUGGACUGGACAGGAAUGAGCUGCUGCCACUAUCCCCUCUUGCUCCGACCAUGGAGGAGGAACCACUUGUUAUAUUCUUGUCUGGUGAUAAUGACCCAGAAAAAGAUGAAGAAAGAAACAAAUCAGAAGAACUAAGGAGCUUGUGGAGAAAAGCCAUACACCAACAAAUCUUAUUGCUUCGAAUGGAAAAAGAGAACCAGAAACUUGAAGCAAGCAGAGAUGAACUCCAGUCCAGAAAAGUUAAAUUAGACUAUGAAGAAGUUGGUGUAUGUCAGAAGGAGGCCUUGAUAACUUGGGAUAAGAAGUUGUUAAACUGCAGAGCUAAAAUCAAAUGUGAUAUGGAAGAUAUUCAUACUUCUCUUAAAGAAGGAGUUCCCAAAAGUCGGCGAGGAGAAAUUUGGCAGUUCCUAGCUUUACAAUAUCGUCUGAGACACAGAUUGCCCAAUAAGCAACAGCCUCCUGACACGUCAUAUAAAGAACUCUUAAAGCAGCUCACUGCUCAGCAGCACGCUAUCCUUGUGGAUUUAGGAAGGACAUUUCCUACUCACCCGUACUUUUCAGUGCAGCUCGGGGCAGGGCAGCUGUCGCUCUUCAACCUCCUGAAAGCCUAUUCUUUGCUGGACAAAGAAGUCGGUUACUGCCAGGGAAUCAGCUUUGUGGCUGGAGUCCUGCUUCUGCACAUGAGUGAAGAGCAAGCCUUUGAAAUGCUGAAGUUUCUCAUGUAUGACCUUGGCUUUCGCAAGCAGUACAGACCCGACAUGAUGUCGCUGCAGAUCCAAAUGUACCAGCUGUCAAGGCUCCUUCAUGACUAUCACAGAGAUCUCUACAAUCAUCUUGAAGAAAAUGAAAUCAGCCCCAGUCUUUAUGCUGCCCCCUGGUUCCUCACAUUGUUUGCCUCUCAAUUUCCAUUAGGAUUUGUAGCCAGAGUUUUUGAUAUAAUUUUUCUUCAGGGAACUGAAGUUAUAUUUAAGGUUGCUCUCAGCCUACUGAGCAGCCAAGAGACACUUAUAAUGGAAUGUGAAAACUUUGAAAAUAUUGUCGAGUUUCUUAAAAACACCCUACCUGAUAUGAAUAUGUCUGAAAUGGAAAAAAUUAUUACACAGGUUUUUGAGAUGGACAUUUCUAAACAACUACAUGCCUAUGAGGUGGAAUAUCACGUGCUGCAGGAUGAGCUUCAGGAAUCUUCAUAUGCCUGUGAGGAUAAUGAACCUGUGGAGAAACUGGAGAGGGCCAAUAGCCAACUGAAAAGACAAAACAUGGACCUCCUAGAAAAAUUACAGGUAGCUCAUGCUAAAAUUCAAACCUUGGAAUCAAACCUGGAAAAUCUUUUGACCAGAGAGAUCAAAAUGAAAUCUUUAAUCCGGACCCUGGAACAAGAGAAAAUGGCCUAUCAGAAGACAGUGGAACAAAUCCGGAAGUUGCUGCCAGCAGAUGCUCUAGCCAGUUGUGAAUUGCUGCUGAGAGACCUAAACUGCAAUCCUAACAACAAAGCCAAGACAGGAAAUAAGCCAUAAUGUAAGAAGUGCCAUUUCAGUAGUAAGUGCUACUUAGAGUACAAAGAAGAGUCUGUGUGCUGGCUGAACGCUGGACUCCAAAGCUAAUGGAACCACCAAACACCCGUGCUGAGCCUCAAGUCAGAGCUGGUGGACUGCGUGCUCUUAAGAGCCUGCAAACCCUAAGCCAUUGUACAGAUGUAGGCUGGCUGAUGGCGGUGGUUGACAGCUGUGUACAUAUAUACAAAAAGUACAUAAGGGAUUCAUGCUUUCAGAGAAAAUGAGUAGAUGUAUAUUUAGAGCAAUUUUUUAGUCAGAACUUCAUGAAAUCCACACCAAAGGGAAGUUAAAGCGAAAUUCUCCUUGGAGACAUGUCAAGUCUUUUUUUUUGUCUUUGUAGUGAAACAAAGCUAGAGCAUCUUUGUAUAUUGAAAUAUACUUGAAAAAAAUGAAUGUAUUUUUUUCCUCCAAAGAGCAGCAUGUUUCACUCAGUAGUAGAGAGGGGGAGGGGUGGAAACAUUUAUAUAACUUUAUAUGUACCUCUCGUAAAGUCUACUGACAUUGUGUACAAGGGGAAAUCGACUGACGGGCAGUCAUGCUUCUGUGGGUAUUUCAGGAAGAUGGGAGCCUUGCUCCCCUGCCUGCCUUGUGCCAACUAGCAUGUUGCACCCACAUGCAUUUUGAAUCUGGUUAGUCACUACUUUAAAACCCCAAAACCCAUGGCCAUCAAGUCAGUUCCGACUCAUAGCCAUCCUACUUUAGACAUGUGUAAAGAGAAACCGAGAUCCAAGUUAAAGGAGAAUGUUGCUAAUUUUCUAGCAUAUUAGACCAGCAUUGUUAUUCAAGGAGCCCUGGUGGCACAGUGGUUAAGUGAUACGGCUAACCAAAGGGCUGGCUGCUAACCAAAGGGCUAGCAGUUCACAUCCACUAGCCACUCCUCAGAAGCACUACGGGGCAGUUCUGCUCUGUCCUCUAGGGUUCUCUGUGCUUCGGAAUCAACUUGAUGGCAAUGGGUUUGGUUUGGGUAUUACUCAAACCAAAAAUAUCAAACCUAAAACAUUUAAUUUAGGACCCAAAUUGUCAGGGUUAGCUUUCUACCAUUUUAUUUAAAUUACAUCUACAAUUGUGAACUGACUUCUCUUACUUGGUGCCGUGGUCAGUGGCAUCCAUUUGCCAUUUUCCACCCCAAAGUAAGAGCUCUUAGUUUACUUCUCUACCUUAAAUGAAGGAUGAAGAAAUGCAAUCAUGAUUGGUUUUCUAAAGAAAACAUGCUGGGUUGAGAUACCUUUUUUUUUGUUGUUUGUUUUUGGCCAAUUGAAAGAAUCUAAUAACUCUAAUUAAAUUUCCUUUCCAUGUAAAAACUUACACAGGAACUGUGAAGUGUUUAAGAACAAACUCUGUUAAAUUCCAUUGGAAGGGAAGGGGAAAGUGGCACUGAGCCCAUGUGAAAACCUAGGGUUCUGCCUUUGGACUCCCAACUUCCUCAGCCCACAGAUAGCUGAUCAGAAGAUAUUCAUGCAUGCUGCGUGUGUAAAAGGAUAGUGAUUUUCAGAGUACACAUGCAGUUGUCUGUGUCAGAGAUGAUUCUAUCAUGGUGCUUCUGAAAGCUGAUGCAGCAUUUUUGCCUUGCCAAACAAGAUUCAUCAUCCCUGCUUUCUGCAGUACCUGUAUUAUCACAGGUGGACUAGCUGAGUUAAUUUCCUUCAAAGGGAGUUUGUUAUACAACAAAGUUGAAAUUCAUUAGAGGGUAGAAGAGGAAAGCACUAAAGCUUUUGGGAAACUUUGAUAAGCAGAUGAGAAGCAUCUGAAACCCCCUUUAAACUGUCACUCAGCAUAGAUGUAAUGACUCUAGUGACAGCUAAGCAUGCCCUCUAAUGCAGGCUGCUUUUUCUUUUUUAAAGUCUUAUUAGUUAAGUUAAUGUAACUUCUAGGUUCUGUUUCAGUAGCAAGAAAAUGCUGAUUCUAGGUACCUCAUUCAGUUGGGGCUCCCAAAUGAUUCGUUGCUAACAUUUCCUGAAAAAUUUUCUACUGGUAGGAGAUUUUUUUUGUUUGUUUUCGUUUCCUACCAGGAAUAUAACAAAUAUCAUCUUGUUACUGUCUGGUGAUGAAAAUUGCCUUAUGUGUGGGAUGCACAGGUGGUAGCCAAGGAAUCUCCCAGCUGGGAAAAGAAACUUUCUUUCUGUGGUUGAGUUUAAACUUUUUUCUGGAAUGUUCAGAGUCAACAUUAUGAGUUACAUUAUUGUGUUCAGAAACUAAGGUAACUUGGCUACAAUAUUUUCUUUUGAAAAUGAGUUUUCUUUUUCCUUUAUGAUUUUUUAAAAUGUUGCACCAGUUAUGCUUUGCGCAUUGUUACGUCUUCAUCAGAUUAAUGUAAUGUCUAGUUCAUUUCCAAUAAAUACAUUGCUGCAGUUUCCUUGGCUUACUGGUUUUAUUUUUGCUGGUAGGAGAGAAGAAGCUUGUGAGUCCUUUAUAGGAUGUACAUGGCUUGGCUUGUUAUUUUGUAAAAUAUAUAACAUUGAUAAUUCUUCGUAAUAGAAUCAGAAACAAUGGGAAUAAUUUUAAGAAAACAUUUAUGAAAGCCUUUUACUCGUGACUAUAAAAGGAAAAUGGCAACAAUACUGACAGAUUUGCAUUCUGCUCCUUUUAUUUUCUAGGCCCCCUCAUAGAUAGCAAGGGAGAGAAAGAAGAUAAUGGUUAUCUUUUCAAAUUGAAUUAGCUUCCAUGUAAUUGAGUCAUGGGAGUAACUCAGGACCAGGCAACAUUCUGUUCUGUUAUACAUAAGGUCACUAUGAGUUGGAGCCAAAUCAACAGCAACCAACAGCAACAGCAAUUACGAAUUAAGGACAUUUACUGGUGUCACUUUAAUAAAAUGUUAAAAUAUUAUUAUUUUAAUUGGUGGCACUUUGAAGACUAAGUCCUUUUGAGGACUAAGGUGUGCCUGACCCAAAGCCAUGGUAUUUUCAGUCCCCUCAUAUGCAUGCAAAAGCUGGGCAAUGAAUAAGGAAGACUGACAAAGAAUUGAUGCCUUUGAAUUAUGGUGUUGGUGAAGAAUAUUGAAUAUACUAUGGACUGCCAGAAGAAUGAACAGAUCUGUCUUGGAAGAAGUACAGCUGGAAUGCUCCUUGCAAACAAGGAUAGCAAGACUUUGUCUCAUAUACUUUGGACAUAAUGUCAGGAAGGACCAGUCUCUGGAGAAGGACAUCAUGCUUGCUAAAGUAGCAGGUCGGUGAAACAGAGGAAGACCCUCAAUGAGAUGGAUUGACACAGUGGCUGUAAUGCUGGGCUCAAAUGUAGUAAUUGUGAGGAUGACAUGCAACUGGACAGUGUUAUACAGAGAAUUGCUAUGAGUUGGAACCAACUCAGCAGCACCUAACAAAAACAACAAAAACUGAUGGAUAUGAUAGGAAUGUGCUUAUAUCAUAUAUAUCUGUCUUAGUCAUCUAGUGCUGCUAUAACAAAUAUCACAAGUGGAUGGCUUUAACAAAGAGAAAUUUAUUUUCUCACGGUCUAGUAGACUAGAAGUCCAAAUUUAGGGCUUCAGCUCCAGGGGAAGUCUUUCUCGCUCUGUCAGCUCUAGAGGAAGGUCCUUGUCAUCAAUAUUCCCUGGGGCUAGCAGCUUCUCAGGUACAGGAACUCCAGAUCCAAAGGACACACUCUGCUCCUGGCACUACUUUCUCGGUGGUAUGAGGUUCCCCACUUUCUGCUUGCUUCCCUUUCCUUUUAUCUCUUAUAAAAGAUGGUGCAGGCCGCAUCCCAGGGAAACUCCCUUUACAUUGGAUCAGGGAUGUGACUGAGCAAGGGUGUUGCAUCUCACCCUAAUCCUCUUUAACCAUAGGUAGAGAUUAUGGUUUAUAACACAUUGGAAAAUCACAAAGUGGAAGACAACCACACAAUACUGGGAAUCGUGACCUAACCAUGUUGACACAUUUUUGGAGGACACAAUUCAAUCUAUGACAGUAUCUUUCAGAGUAUUCUCAAGUAUGUUUGUAAUUAAGAGAAUUUUGUAUCUUCUUGCUAAUUUUAGGACUAAACUAUUAUUUUUGCUUCUGAAAGGUCACAGCCUUGAAAUCCUUUUGGAGCAGUUCUGCUCUGCACACAUGGAGUCGCCAUGAGUUGGAAUCAACUCAAAGGCAACUAGUAAUAAUAUAUAGCAGUUAAAGAUUUUGAGAAAGAAGCAAUGUAGUGUAAUCUCUUACUAUCCAUGUUGGCUUACUCAUUUUCUCACUGACCAAAUAUUUUUGUCACUGUGCUUCAUUAGAUACAGGAAAUCUGUCAUUUGAUGGCAUGCGGUAUUUAAUCCUCUAAUAUGCCACUCUCAUUAGCUGUGAUGUAUUGAGAAAAGCAAUGGAUUUAGGCUGGGAAGUCUUAGAUCUUCCACCACUUUUAUUCACUCAACAAAGAGUUUGUGUGUGCCUAGUCCAAGCUGGAGUCCUGGUGACGCAGUGGUUAAGAGCUCUGGCUGCUAACGAAAAGGUCGGCAGUUCAAAUUCACCAGCUGCUCCUUGGAAACCCUACUGGGGCAAUUCUGCCCUGUCCUAUAGGGUCAUUACGUGUCAGAAUUGACUCGAUGGCAGUGGGUUUUUGGUUCUAUUCCAAGCUAGGUAUUGAGUAUUCAGGGAUGGAAAAGGUACAGUCUUUGUCCUCAAAGAGUUUGUGGUCUAUGUGGAGAUAAUUCGGAAUGUUUCAGUUAUAACAGAGGUGUGCACAAGUGGCAAAGUAAUACAGAGGAGAAUUAUUAAUCCAGCUUGGAGAGGAGGGGUGUCAGGGGGUUUCUGAAGAACUGAGGGAUGCUUGACCUGAGCCUAAGAGAACCAGUAGAAGUUGACUAGGUUGUGUAAAGCAAUAAAUGAAUGAGAGAGGAUGGUAUAUUCCUGAAAUCAUAACCCAUUCCUUAAUCCUGAAGUAUGGUUAAUCCUGAAAAUAUACUUCUUCCCAUGGUGGGGAGUGGGUGGGAGAUGAGUCUCCUGACAGAUAAGGACUCUUCCAUGAAGGUCUUUGUAGACCAUGUGAUGGAGUCUGACCUCUACCUAGACAGCAAUGGGAGCCAUUAGACACCUAUAAGCUGGGUAAGGCAUGAUCAGAUUUACUCCAAUCCAUCUUAUACAUUUGGACAGAAACCAGGGAAAAGAAGACUACAAGUAGGUGAAUGUGUUAAAAAUCCAGUCCCCUCCACCCCCCAAAAUAGAGCAUUAUCUAGAGCAUUGAGUGGCUUUUGGGAAGGAGAGGCAGCCUUGACUUGCCCCUCUCUGGUAUAACCAGUCACUGAAACCUGAUAAUUUUGCCUCCAAAAUACUUUCCCAUUUUUCCCUAUCCCCACGGCUGCUACCUUACCUCAUGACACACCUCUGAUGGGUUAAACUGAGAGCGUCCCCCUCUCCCAGGGAAAACUCCUAAGCAAUUGAUAUUGAGCUGCCUGGAUUUGUUUUGCUGAGUGAAAUUUGCAGGCAGAAAUUGAACCUGAAUGGCUCAGUUGAAGAGGUGAAGAAUCUAGGGAGGGAAUCAGCUGGAAACCUGAGAAAACAGUAGAAGAGAUAGUGGGGAUUUUUCAAAUGAAAUACUGUUUGCACUGGUUACAUAUUCUCUGUGCAAUCUACCUCUGACAUUCUGUCCGAUAUCUCACAUUGAAAGUGCUUUGUGGUUGGGCAGAGGAAUAUGCUGCAUUCUAAACUAUGGGUCUGUUAGAUCGGUUGAUUGAUCAAUGAAACAGUAGAUUGUCAACUCUGACUCAUGGACAGAACAAAAUGUUGCCUGGUCCUGUGUCUUUCUCACAAUCACUGGCAUGUUCUAGUCCGUUUUUGGAGCUAUUGUGCCAGACCAUCUCACCGAGGGUCUCCCUCACCCUGGCUGGCCCUCUACUUCACCAAAGAUGAUGUCCUCCUCCAAGAAUUGAUCCUUCCUGAUGACAUGUCUAAAGCAAGCAAGUCGGAGAGUGUUCUGUUGUGAUCCAUGAAGUUUUCACUGGCUAAUUUUCAGAAGUAGAUCAUCAGGCCUAUUUGCCUAAUCUGUCUUAGUCUGGAAGCUCUGCUGAAAACUGUCUACUGUGGGUGACCCUGCUGGUAUUGGAAAUACUGGUGGCAUAACGUCCAGCAUCAUAGCAACACAUAAGCCACCACAGUAUUGCAAACUGACGGAUGGUGGAAAAGAGGCCAGGCUGGUUAUAAAAGUUCCAGUAUUCAAGUCCCUGCAGUGGUUCUGCUUUUCUAUAUAAAUUAAAAACAGGGAUUCUGAUUUUAAACAUCAGUCUCAGGAGCUUUGUUCUUAUGAGUCCACUGAGGAGAAAUGGAUCUGUGGUUUUUGUGUGGAUGAAAUCAAAUGUCUGCACCUCUAAGGCCCCAGACUAGAGCAAACUCAGUGGGGUAAAUGACAUCUUUAGGGUGAUUUUUUGUUUUCUGUCUUUUUUAUUGUUAUAGGGAAAUAACCCUAGAGCAUAGGGAUGUGAUGUUGGGCAAAUUGGUUUUCUUAGUAAUAAUGCUGCUUUAGCAAUCACAGGAAAAGAAGUAAUUUUUUCUAAGAGUGAUUCAAAUGUUGCUAAUAUAUUUACACCGUACGGUUUCCGAGGAGCGUCUGGUGGAUUUGAACUGCCAGCCUUUUGGUUAGCAACCACACCCUUAACCACUAUGCCACCAAGGUUUCCUACAUAUUAGCAGUUUUCUUUUACAACAUAGAAUUCUUAUGUGGUCUGAUGUUGCUUCCCUUCUUAAAUCGAGUUAAUUUGCAAGUUCAUAAAUAUUACUUUCAAUAGAACAUGAUAUUAUGCAGAAAUAAUCAUUUCCAAUAAACAUACAUCUUAUUAUGUUGCAUGUUCAAGAAAGUCUCAGAGGACUUUACCAAGUGAAAUGAGUACAUUUCUUACGUUGACUUUUACCAACUUGGGCAUAUUUGAUUUUUCUUUAUGCAUUUAUGUUCUAUUUCGUGUAGCAAACAAUUACUCUGUUCCAGUCCUUUCUGCUCCCUAAUUUAGCCUUUUUAUAGUUAAUUGGGUACUUGUAGAGAGAAAUCACUGUUCACUGUUUAAUAAGUCUAUUAAAGCUUACAUAAUUAGAGUAUUCAGUAGAACUUUAAUAGUACUCAUAUUGAAAGCCACAGUGCAAGCCAGAAAGUGAUGUCCCAGUGACCUGAGUGAAUUAGUAUGCUCGAUUUUCUUUCCAUUUCUCCUCAAGCUUAACUUAUCAUCACUUAUGUAUGCCCUUGAACAAAUCGUCCUAGGUGGUCAAAUUAUUAGACAAUACGUUUUUCAUACUAUGUCUGUGAAAGGAUUGGGUAACAUAAUGUUGUUAGGUACUGUGGAGUCGACCUUCCACUCAUACAGACCCCAUGUGACAGCAGAACUGGCUUAUAGAGUUUUCUUGUCUGUAAUCUCUAUAGAAGUGGAUCGCCAGAGCCUCCAGGUGGUUUGAACUUACAGCCUUUCGGUUAGCAGCUGAGCACUUAAUUGUUGCGUCACCACAGCUGCUUGCAUAACAUAAUACAAGUGCAAGUUUUGAAAAUAUGCUUGCUCACCAAACCAAAAAACCCAACCCGUUGCUGUCGAGUGGAUACUGACUCAUAGCGACCUUAUAGGACAGAGUAGAUCUGCCCCAUAGGGUUUCCAAGGAGCACCUGGUUGAUGCGAACUGCCGACCUUUUAAUUGGCAGCUAAGCUCUUAACUGCUGCGCCACCAGGGGUCCAUACUUGCUCACGGUUGUCUUUUUCUGUUCUGCUCUUCCUGAAAGGCUUUGUACCAUCAAAUGGAGUCCUACAGAUGCUUCCUUCUCAAAUGUUGCCCUCAUGAAGCUAUACUCAACGUGGUCACUGAGGUUAUACUGAUUAUCAUUCUCUGAAUGAAUAAAGGUCGUCAAAUAGAGAAGGCCCACGACUAAGGAACUGUCUUUUUCUACCACCAUUGCCCUGUGCUGCAUCUUUUUUCUCAGCGUGAGGACACAUGUUCUUAUCUUUAUAGAGAAAUAUAACUAGAACACACAUCAAUAGUGAGAUAAACUGUAUGAUUCAUUUUUUUAUUCAUUCAACAAACAUUUAUGAAAAGCUUAUUCUGUGCCUGUCAAGUGCUAAGUGUGGGAAUACCAUCUUAUAGAGAAGACAGAAAUGAAGAGGCAAUAUAACACAGUGGGAUAUGUAUCAUGCUAGACGUAAAUUGUUGCUUGUUGUUAGGUGCCGGUGAGUCGAUUUUUGGCUCAUGGCGGCCCCAGGUGACGGAGUAGAACUGCUCCAUAGGGUUUUCUAGGCUGUAACCUUAACAGGAGCAGAUUGACAGGUCUUUCUCCUGUGGAGCCACUGGGUGGGUUCGAACCGCCAUCUUUUCGGUUAGUAGCCGAGUGUUUAACCGUUGUACCACCGAGGCCCCUUGGAUGUAAAUAGGCAUUUUUUGUUAAAGCAAAUCGGAGGGCCACCUAAUCCAAGCUUGUGGGAUUGGGAAAAGCUCUACAAUUAAAUGUGCUGCAUUUACAUACUCAUCUGCCUUUAUGUACAGGACCUGAAAAGAAUUUCAGUCUUAAUGUGGCCAGUAUCUUCUAGUACAUAGCACUUCGUUAUAAUAUUUCCCAUUUAAAACACUAGUUUUAUUAUCAUUAUUAUUAUUAUAUACAUUUAAAUGUCAGUGUAAAGAAUUUGCUUACAAAACCCUGAAAAUUUUAAGAAAAUUGACAUCACUCUCACCACUACAAAUCAUCAUUAAUCUUUUGAUAUAUUUCCUUUGUCACUAUUUUCAUGCACUUUGACAUAGAUAUAAAUACAAUUCUGAUGCUGAUAUUGUUAACAUAAAGUAUGCCACUUGAAAUCUCUAUGGGCAUAAAUUUUAAGUAGCUAUUAAAAUGGCCAAAGUUUACUAACAUUUUCCAUAUUUAAACAAAUUCAUUUAUUCUUCGGAUAAAAUCAUGUGACUGGAAUAAUUCAACUACCUACUGAAAAAACACUGAGUGAAAUAUGACCAACUGUCUUUCCUAUUCCAUAAAAUCUAUGCCCUAAGAGUUUAUAAAGUGUUUGGGGGAUUCCCUUCAUUGUUUAAUAAAAUGAUGCUUAUGCUAGAACCUCAAGUUUAUAGUCAAUUAAAUAUGCCCGUAUAUUAUCGAGGCUAGCAUCAGAUUUUAAAAGUAUUUGUUUUUACGUUCCAAGCAUUGUAGAUGUGUUUUGCCCCCCCAGAUCAUAUUGCAACAUCUGGAAAAUUAUGUUCUAAUAUAAUUCAAUACUUUCCUGGAAAGAGUAAAGCAUAUAUAUAAAAACCAUGGGUAAAAUGACACAAUUUGCUUACGGUACUUAAAGUCAUAUUUCUGUGGAAAUUGUGAUGACUUUCUACUUUGGGAGUAUAAUCUAAAUAUAAGCCAGAGCCCUGUGUAGUCCAAUCUCAUCUUUCUGUAGCUUUCAAAGUCCAGCAACCAAAGUUAAACAAAUCCCAAAUAAAAGAGAUCCAAUUUGUAAGCCACAGCUCCAGGCUUAUAAUCCCCUUGCCUCUCCCCUUUAAUUCUACCACAGCUGGACUCUUUCGCUCUUUCAACUCUCUACCAAAAUGUUCUACCAGCACUCACCCUAAGGAGCUAUCCAGCUCUCUAUUUUGUAGAUCACCUUAGCCUCUCUACUUCUAGUUUUCUCCAUGUUCUUCCUGUAAGCAAAAAUCCUUGUUCAGAAGCCCAAAGGGGGGAAAGGGCAAGAUUAUUUCUGGUUCUGUUGCCUAGUAUUAAUUUAUUUUUGUGUCUCUUAUCU